UGGCUCGUUCCCAGGCGCGGAGCGGGCAAGCACAUCUCUUCCCUCAACACCUCCACGAUGGCCCACGCAUGAUAGUCCAUCAGUCUCCACAUCGAGCAUCAUGAGCGGACAAGCAUCGCUUGCGGCUACCGCUUCAUCGAGCACACGGCCGGUAGAAGCGGGUAAAAGGAGCCUGUUCCGACCUUGCAUCGACCUGCACGGAGGAGUGGUCAAACAAAUCGUAGGGGGCAGUCUUCGAGACGACCAAGCAGCUGACGGCCAAGGGCGCACGGCAAAGCAAGACGCUGCUCUGCGCACAAACUUUACGUCCACCUUUUCUUCUGCCCACUAUGCAAAGCUGUACAGGCAGCACGACCUCAGGGGUGGACACGUCAUCAUGCUCGGGCCUGGUAAUGCGGAUGCCGCCCGAGAGGCUUUGCGGGAAUGGCCGGGAGGAUUGCAAGUGGGAGGAGGCAUCAACGAGUCCAAUGCCAAGCAGUGGGUGGCUGAUGGCGCCGAAAAGAUCAUCGUCACAUCCUACCUCUUUCCUGACUGCAAGUUCUCACUGUCCAGGCUUCAAGCGUUGGUAGACCUUGUGGGAAAAGAUCGAAUCGUCGUUGAUCUGAGCUGCCGAAAGCGGGGCUCGGAAUGGAUCGUUGCGAUGAACCGCUGGCAAGAUCUCACGGAUCUGCGCAUCAAUCAGCAAAGCAUCAGCAUGCUCUCGCAGCAUUGCAGCGAAUUCUUGAUUCACGCUGCCGACGUGGAAGGACUUUGUCAAGGCAUCGACGAGCAGCUUGUGCGAUCUCUCGGGCAGUGGACCGAUAUUCCCACAACGUAUGCCGGGGGAGCGAGGCACAUUCAGGACCUCGAGUUGGUGCACGAGUCAUCUGGCGGCAAGAUCGAUCUCACUUUCGGCAGUGCGCUGGACAUAUUCGGGGGAAAGGGAGUAAAGCUGAAGGAGCUGGUGGAGUGGAAUGUAAGAGGGAGCGUUCAAUCAGAGUAGACCGCAUGAAUGAAGAUGCGUCGAGGAGAAAAGAUCGUGAGAUUGAUCGCUGCCCUCAAAGGCUGUUAAGCGGUGAUCCAGUCGGCAAGAGCCGCGUGCAGCCGCGUGCAAGCGACAAAUGUCCGACGCAGAUCACUUGACAUUCGUGUUGAGAAGCUAUCUGCCACUUUGGCAAGACGGUCUGAAUAGUCGCUUCUCAGCACAUUACGUUGGGUGAUGUGUUCGAUUCUGCGGCUUCUCUAAUUGCACGCGCCGCAGAUUCGCACCCU